UUCAGUUCGUCAUAUAAAUUAGGCGUUCUUUUCAUAUGCACCACAGCCUGAUAAGAGCCUGAACGAGUUGUUAUAUUUAAUAUUUUUUUCAAUAUGAAUAAGUUUGCCGUUGUGUUUGUGCUUGCUGCAUUCCUUUGCAUCACCGUUAAUGCGUAUGACUUCCAACCAUUUGAUGCCUUCGGUUUCCCGGCGUUUACUCCACUAAAGAUCAAUAUACCCAAAAUUAAACCCCUUACUCCUGAAGAAAUAAAGAAUUUGAAGCCAUCUGAUGGCUCUGUCGUAAAUGGUGCUUCCGUGUCCAGUUCAUCUUCAUAUGAAACAGUCAAUGGAGUGCCUGUGAGGAAAGAUAUCACAAAAAUACUAACCAACAACAACGGAGACGUCAAGGAGUACACCUAUGGAAAUUAAAAAAAGAAUUAGUCGUUUUUUCUUGUAAGAAGUCAAUAAAUAUCUAGACUUGAAUUUAGAAUAGAAUAUUUUGAAAUAGAAACAGUAAAAAGAUUUUGUUCAACAUUUGAAAUAUGUAUUAAAAAUAAAGUAAUGCUCAAUAGUAGAUUCUAUAUAUACCCAUGCAGUAUUUUUUAGCGCGCCCAUUCCACUUUCAAAAACAUAGAAAACUGCUUGAAAAC